AGUUUCGUAUUGUGCUCUCUCUCUCUCUCUCUCUCUCUCUCAGAUCUCGUAGGUGAUAGUACCACCGCACGCACGCACGCACGCAGGCAGCGUUCAAAACCGAAAUCUGAUUGCAAAACCACACCGCACCUCGCCUCCCCUCCCAUCCCCUCUCUCUAUCUCUCCCAUUCUCUUCAAAUCCCUAAUCCUCUUGUACCCAUUUCUAUUCGGAUUUCGUUUUUUUUUUUUAAGGAGCACGAGGAAUUGUCCCCAAGAUUUUGGCGCGUAAUCCCGGUGCAGUCUGCAGCAGAUGUGGAGUUCGGUAGCUAAUUUGAAGGAGAGUCUGCACAAAAUUGCACUCGAUGUCCACGACGACGACGAUGAAGAAGACCUAUCGAUCUAUACUACGCCGCAGCGGGAUCAAUUCGACAACAGCAAUUCACUUUCUGAGCGGAGAGUUUCUCGCAAUUUUAAUGGCUCCCUUACCCCGACGCGUUCGCCUAUCGCCAAUGGCCUGGGCUCCCCCUCGAAUCCCCAGAUAGAGCAAUACGUGGCAGAGAUUAAGAGGCUUAAGGAUUCCGAGGCAGAAAUAAAGGCACUAUCAGUUAAUUAUGCAGCUCUAUUGAAAGAAAAAGAGAAUCAGAUUUCAAGGUUGAUGGAAGAAAAUGACACCAUGAAACAAAAUCUUGUCUACACAAAUGCAGCUCAUAAUUCAUCUAGAACUGUCCCAAGGGUCGGUGGUGAUGUUUCUCCCAGUCGCCACAAUAAAGCUCAAACAAAACUUCGAACUUCUGGAAGCCCACUAUCCAAUGGCAAUGUACCUAAACAUGAUGCAGUAAGCAAUGGAACCACUUCAGCUCAUUCAAAGGAGCUGUUAGAUACAAUAGAAGAGAAAAAUAAGGCCCAUGCAUUGAUACAAGCAAGUCAUGAAGCACAACUGAAAAAAAUAGUGGCGGACCUUGAUAAUGAACGUGAUAAAUUGGCAAGCAUGCAGAAAAAAUUACAAGAGGAACAGAAGUUAAAUGGUUCUUUUCAGCAAGAGUUGAGCUCGCUAAAAGAUGAAAACAGCAAAAUGUUGAUUGAAAUACACAAAACACGCGAUGAGCUAAAUAAAAAAAUGUCAGAGGUAGGAAGACUGCAGGAAGAGUUGCAGAGAUUGGAGCGAAAUGAAAGGAAUGGCUCUAUAGAGAAUUUGAGAAGCGUAAUUGCUACCUUGGAGGAUGAAAACAGAAGUAUUAAGAAAGAGAAAGGCGAAAUUGAGGCUUCCUUGAGAGCAUCCCAUUCUUCUCGCAAAGAUGUACCUGAUCAAGAUAAUCUCUCAAAUGGCUUGAAUAAGGUGUCGCCUGGGAUGGAGGAAAUGCAGCAAUCCUUGAGUAAUCUGGAGAAAGAUUUGAAGGAGACAUGCCGAGAGAGGGACAAAGCAUUGCAAGAAUUAAAUCGUCUUAAACAACAUUUAUUAGAAAAGGAAUCUGAAGAAUCAGAAAAGAUGGAUGAGGACAGUAAAAUUAUCGAGGAACUGCGAGAAACAAAUGAACACCAAAGAUAUCAAAUAUCUCGUUUAGAGAAUGCUCUUAAGAAGGCAAUUGGAGCUCAUGACGAAAUAAAAAUGUCCAACAGUAGUGAACUUAAGGCGGCUAAAGAAACCAUAGAUAUGCUUAACAGAAAGUUGGCUGGCAGUAUGAGCACACUAGAUGCGAAGAAUAUGGAAGUUCUUAACCUGCAAACUGCUCUUGGCCAGUAUUAUGCAGAAAUUGAAGCUAAGGAACAUUUUGCUGAAGAAUUAUCAGUGGCAAAAGAAGAAUUGACUAGACUUUCGAAGCAGUUAAAGGAAGCAGAUCAACAAGCAGAAGCAUCAAAGAGAGAAAAAGAAGAAUUGUUGGGCAAGCUUUCACAAGCUGAGAGGAUGCUUGCUGACAGUAAAAGCAGGGUUAAAAAGGUUGAGGAAGACAAUGAGAAACUUCGUCGAGCUCUUGAGCAAAGCAUGACAAGGCUAAAUAGGAUGUCAAUGGACUCUGAUUAUCUUGUUGACAGGCGUAUUGUGAUAAAGUUGCUGGUGACUUACUUUCAGAGAAACCACAGCAAGGAGGUUCUUGAUCUGAUGGUUCGCGUGCUGGGAUUUUCUGAUGAAGACAAGCAGAGAAUAGGGCUUGCACAGCAAGGGAGUGGCAGAGGUGUAGUUCGCGGCGUGCUGGGACUUCCGGGUAGACUGGUUGGUGGUAUAUUGGGUGGCAGCUCAGCGGAAGCUAGUGCAGCUGUUGCAUCCGAGAACCAGUCAUUUGCGGAUCUAUGGGUGGACUUUCUUGUUAAUGAGGCGGAACGAGAAAAGAGGGAGUCUGAGUCUGCUGGUGCUGGUGCUGGUGCUGGCAGUGGUUCCACGCCUGCUGCUCAUUUCAAACAUGCAGGAAACAACACUACCCCUCCGGCAGCUGCAGCAUCAAACCAUAGAGGAGGAGGAGGCUUUGGUACUGUGUCUACAACAAGUAUCCCUCUCUCACACCACCACAACCAAAACCAAAGCCACAAUUUCAUGCAUCGGGAACACUCUGACUCAGAAUUUUCUACGGUUCCUCUCACCUCUGAAAGCAAUUCCCGAAGCUCAAUAUUGAUUGAUUGAUUGAACGACUGAGUGACGGUGCUGUGCCCGCCUGCCUGCGAAUGUACAUAACAAAGUACAGAUUGAAUCUUCCUUGUAGAGGCCGGCUGGCUGGCUGGCUGGCUGGCUGGCUGUGUUCUUUCAAUUCUUUCUUUAUGUAUGUGCGCUGUGGGAUCAGCAUCAUCAUCAUCGAUAAUGUUAUUAUUAUUGAAA